CGCGUUUUCGUUGUUUAUUCUAUUUAUUAGUCGCUUAUUAAUGAUAUCUGAGUUAAUUUAUGUCAAGUUGAUAUAUGAGCUGCGAUACAACAAAAAGGUAGAGGUAGCAAACUUUAGAAUAGUUUGAAACGCCAGUCAUGGAAUAUGUAAUUGUGGUGGAUUGCUCAGGGAGAUCCCGACUUCAGAAUCUCAUUUUACUAAUGAUCUGAAGUCAUCAAAAGAAAGAGUCUUUACACCUGAAGUUAUUGGGGGCUAGACCUCGCGUCCAUUACAUAUAUAUGAGUUCUGAGCAAAAUAUGAACUUACUUCGGUUGUAAAGCUUCUAGAAUUGCCUUUGUUACGCAAGCGUAAUUUUUCAAACAUUGACCCUAUGGAGCCUGACAGAUUAAAUUCCCCAACAACAUUCGAAAUGCCGUUGGAGAUUUUGGGUCAUGAGUUGCAGUUUUCUCAGGAUCCUAAUUCGAAACACUUGGGAACUACUGUAUGGGAUGCAUCACUUGUGUUUGUCAAGUUUCUAGAAAAAAAUUGCAGAAAGGGGAAGUUUUCCCCAGCUAAGCUUAAAGGAAAACGUGUAAUUGAACUUGGGGCCGGUUGUGGAGUUUCUGGAUUUGGCAUGGCUUUGCUGGGGUGUGAUGUUAUAGUGACAGACCAAAAAGAGAUCUUGCCAAUACUUCAGAGAAAUGUUGAGCGCAAUAUUUCAAGGGUUAUGCAGAAAAAUCCUGAUUUAUUUGGUUCAGUUAAGGUUUCAGAGUUACAGUGGGGAGACAGGGAUCACAUCAGGGCUGUUGAUCCUCCCUUUGAUUACAUUAUUGGCACUGAUGUUGUUUAUGUUGAGCAUUUGUUGGAGCCUCUGUUGCAGACAGUCGCUGCUUUAUCUGGACCCAGGACUACAAUUUUGCUGGGCUAUGAGAUCCGUUCCACCAUUGUCCAUGAGCAGAUGCUUCAGAUGUGGAAAAAAACUUUUGAUGUUAAGACUGUUCCAAAGUCCAAGAUGGAUGAAACGUUCCAACAUCCUAGUAUUCAGCUCUUCAUAAUGGGAUCAAAACCUACGGCAGAGCGCAUAGAGAAUGCAGGUCUCGUUUCUGCUGAGAAAGCUGAUGCCGUACUUGAAACCAGUGGGGAAGACAAAAUUAGUGAGGAAAAUGUUGCCAAAGAAAAAGGGUCUGAUUUUGCAGAAGAAAAGGAUGACACAUACUCCCCGAACACAAAACACAGUGACUGGGAAGCUAGAAGAUAUGGCUCGAUGGCAGCAAGGAUGCUGCGAGACGUAAAAAUAACGUGAUUUUGGGAGUCAUCUGCUUUGUUUCUAUUAUUAAUGAAAACUUUGUAUCAACAUCAGCCCAAAUUUUGGGUUUCUACGAAGCUGCAAAAUUCAACGUGCCAGAACUAGAAAGCACUUGCGUAAUUCUAUCCUUGCUAAAGCACCUUGCACAUAUUAAAUAUCGUUCUGCAUGACAUGAGAAUGCAUGAAUGAAUUAUUUUC